CGCGGAUAAUACAAAUACUAAACAACUUUCAGGUUAAAGUUUAAUAAAAGCAACUUGUUUUUAAUAAAAUUUAACUAAAACACUAUAACAGCUGUAAUUAUAUUUAAGAACAUAUAAUAAAUUAUUAUUAUAUUCUUUUAUCAUGGUUGGAAUACCAGGAACUAAAGCAAAUCCUCUGAACUCACAGUUGUUGGUAUCGACUGGUGUUCCUAGUUUAGAUAAAGUUUUAGGUGGAGGUAUACCAGUUGGAUCAAUAACACUUAUAGAAGAAGAUGAACAUGGAAUAUUUGCUAAAACUCUACUGAAAUAUUUCCUUGUGGAAGGUGUUGCAUGUGGUCAACAUUCAGUAACAGUUAGUUUGGAUCAUGAUCCUAAUGAAUUACUAAAGAAUCUGCCUGCUUUGGCUAAAGAACAGCCAAAAGACAAAGGUCACAAUAAACAAGAUGAUCAACAGAUGAAAAUUGCAUUUCGAUAUCAGAAUUUACCAACGAAUGAAAAAGAAGCACAAUCCAUAUUUGGACACUAUUAUGAUUUAUCUGAAUCAAUGCCAAGUCAAGAUAUUGAUUCAAAUCAUCAUAUGUGUUUCAGUGAAGACAAUAUUUUGUUAGGCCAAGAUAAAAACCUUUUUAAGAAUAAAACUUUGAAUUCUGUAAUAAAUCAUAUUAACAAAUUAGUACAAGAUUCAAAGUUUGCUAAUGAUGGUAACUUUAGCAACAAAAACAUCUUGAGAGUUUGUAUACAUCAAUUAGGCACACUCAUGUGGGAUGAUUUAGAUGAGUUGGCUAAGUUUAUGUAUUUUUUAAGAUGUAUACUAAGGAAUUGUUUUGCAAUUGCAAUGAUUUCGAUUCCCACUCAUUUAAAUGAAAAAUUAAAGAAGAUAUAUAAUGCUCGUUUAAUCAACGCGUGCGAUAUAGCGUUGCGACUGGUUUCAUUCUCAGGCACACACUAUGAGAAAAACAAAGUUUUAUCUGAUUUUCAUGGCUUUUUCUAUAUUGACAAAUUAGCAGCCAUUAAUUCUUUGUUAUCCUCACAUCCGGGUGCAGUUGAUUAUACGUUUAAAUUACUUCGAAAGAAGUUAUGUAUUGAGAAAUUUUACUUACCCGCUGGUUAUGAUUUGGAUCCCAAAGAUGAGAAACAAAAGCGGCAUCAAGUUUCCGGUGGAUGUGGAACAAUUGGCGCGGCAAAAACGCCACUUGAUUUUUGAUUUAACUAUUUUCACAAUGUUUGUUAUUUACGAGUAGCCCUGACGUCUGAGGCGUUCUCCAUCGAACAGUUUGCUAUUGCUCUUGCGUAACUCGUCGUCGACGACUUCCUUCAGCAUGCCCCAUAGAGCUUCCUUGUCGAGAAGAACGUAGCGAUCGUUUUUCAGUUCUGGCGCAAACGUCGCUUUUGGCUCCUCGGUCGUUGGCACGUUUUCGAUUAGUUCCGCCGGAAUUUCAGGCAGUUUCUCGGUGUUUAUGUGCUUUGGUGGCUGGACGUUGAGGUCAACGAUGAGUUGAUUCGGUUCGUUAGUGACCGAAAUGACAUCCACCUCGGUGGCGUCCAUUUUGGCAUCAAUGAUUGGCUUGCUGUCGUGCGUUUCAAUUAAAUUAUCUUCGAUUUUGGCAUCUGGAAUGGUAGAGACUUCCACGUCUUUACCUUGAACAAUAAUCUCGUCUGUUUUAGUGCUUUUUAUUGGCGCGGCUGUGCUUUGUACUACAGAGGGCGUUACUGUAUUAGUGGUCGCCAUAUUAGUAACAGUCGUGGCACUGGAAACAGUUGUAGCUACGAGUUUUAUUGGCACUGCUGUAGGUUCAAUUAAAAACCGAUCUUUGGUCAAA